GCACGCCAGCAAGUAGCGUUAGUAUAUGGCUUUUCUUAUGACGUCCACCUAUUCUUCGGCUCCUAUAUUAUUUAAUUUUAAAACUAAAAUACUAAAAUCAAUAGAUUUAAAUAGCAACCAACAGCCUACCCCCUUGAAUCUAGGACCGGUGCUUCCUUCUCCACCGUCACCAUCGAUCCGACGUCGUUCCUUUCUUCUUCUCUGUUCUUCAUCCUCUCUUCUUUCUGAAAUGGAGUCCAGUGCUAGUGAAGGUGUAUAUCCUCUACAUCGCUCUAAAACCAUUCAUCUGGUGAGGCAUGCUCAAGGGAUUCAUAAUGUAGCAGGAGAAAAGGACCACAGUGCUUAUCUAUCUGAAGAACUGUUUGAUGCACAUCUUACCACUCUUGGUUGGCAACAGGUAGAUAAUCUUCGGAAGCAUGUUCAUGCAUCUGGUCUUUCAAAGAGUGUUGAAUUGGUUGUCGUUUCACCUUUAUUGAGGACCAUGCAAACAGCAGUUGGUGCUUUUGGAGGUGAAGGUUCUGCUGAUGGGAAUGAUGUGCCUCCAUUAAUGGCAAAAAAUACGGGUAAUAGUAAUCGUCCUGCAAUUUCAAGCCUCAAUUGUCCUCCAUUCAUUGCUGUGGAGCUUUGUCGAGAACAUUUGGGCGUUCAUCCAUGCGACAGGAGGAGAAGCAUAAGCGAAUACAAAGCUAUGUUCCCAGCAAUUGAUUUUUCUUUGAUAGAAAAUGAUGGCGAUGUUCUGUGGACGGCUGACACUAGAGAAAAGAAUGAAGAAGUUGCGGCAAGAGGAGUGAAAUUUAUGAAAUGGUUGUUGACACGGGAAGAGAAGGAGAUAGUGGUUGUUACUCAUAGCGGUUUCUUGUUUCAUACAUUGGGUGCAUAUGGAGACGAUUGCCAUCCCACGUUGAAGAAGGAAAUGUCCAAACACUUCAACAACUGUGAGCUUCGCUCUGUGGUCAUCGUCGAUAGAAGCAUGAUUGGGUCAAACCCUUCAAAAACCGACUUCCCUGGGAAAAUUCCUAGCGGCCCUGAUGUCCCGAGUGAUGCUGUUUAGCAGAGAAUCAUCAAUCAUCAUUGUCAUGCCAUUCUCGGACCCAACAUUCUGAUUUUUAAUUUCCAGUAGGAAAUUAGACAAGUAGAUUCUAUAUCGUGUUACAAGUCUGUCAAAUAAGUGUCACGAAAAAUACUUGCAAUUGCAACCACAAGAUAUAUGUAUGUGUUAUACUUUAGUAUUGGAUUCUCUUAAAUAUUUGGACAUUGAAAUCAACAUCAUGCAUCAGACUUCAGAAAUGGGUUAAAACAUUCGUUAC